AUGUCUCGGGAGCUGCAGGAUGUGGACCUCGCCGAGGUGAAGCCUUUGGUGGAGAAAGGGGAGACCAUCACCGGCCUUCUGCAGGAGUUUGAUGUUCAGGAGCAGGACAUCGAGACUGUGCAUGGCUCCAUUCACGUCACGCUGUGCGGGACCCCCAAGGGAAACCGGCCCGUCAUCCUCACGUACCACGACAUUGGCAUGAACCACAAAACGUGUUACAACCCCCUUUUCAACUCCGAGGACAUGCAGGAGAUCACACAGCACUUUGCUGUGUGCCACGUGGAUGCCCCUGGCCAGCAGGACGGCGCUGCGUCCUUCCCCGUGGGGUACAUGUACCCCUCCAUGGACCAGCUGGCCGAAAUGCUUCCUGGAGUCCUCCACCAGUUUGGAUCAUACCUCCGAGUUCUCGAGUUCUCGCCCGAUCUAAUUCCAUUCCGAGCUUUAGGACGUAGAAUAGAGCUCCAGAGCGGGAAGAAAGCAUUGAACAACCCGGAGAUGGUGGAGGGCCUCGUCCUCAUCAACGUGAACCCUUGUGCCGAAGGCUGGAUGGACUGGGCCGCGUCCAAGAUCUCCGGAUGGACCCAAGCCCUCCCAGACAUGGUGGUAUCCCACCUCUUCGGGAAGGAGGAAAUGCAGAAUAACGUGGAAGUCGUCCACACCUACCGCCAGCACAUCGUGAAAGACAUGAACCCCGGCAACCUGCACCUGUUCAUCAAUGCCUACAACAGCCGGCGAGACCUGGAGAUUGAGCGGCCCAUGCCCGGAGCCCACACAGUCACCCUGCAGUGUCCUGCUUUGUUGGUGGUUGGGGACAGUUCUCCUGCUGUGGACGCCGUGGUGGAGUGCAACUCGAAAUUGGAUCCAACAAAGACGACUCUCCUCAAGAUGGCGGAUUGCGGUGGCCUCCCGCAGAUCUCCCAGCCGGCCAAGCUUGCGGAGGCCUUCAAGUACUUCGUGCAGGGCAUGGGAUACAUGCCCUCGGCCAGCAUGACCCGCCUGAUGCGCUCCCGCACGGCCUCCGGCUCCAGCGUCACGUCCCUGGAGGGCGCCCGCAGCCGCUCCCACACCAGCGAGGGCACCCGCAGCCGCUCCCACACCAGCGAGGGUGCUCGCCUGGACAUCACCCCCAACUCCGGGGCCACCGGCAACAGCGCCGGGCCCAAGUCCAUGGAGGUGUCCUGCUAG